ACAAUAUUUAAGAUGCCGCCUUGGUAGAGCAUUCAGACUUGGGAAGGAAAGUGUUCGCAUAUCCACCGAGAUCCACUUCAGAAACUCUAGCUUUGAGAAAAGCGAAGAAAACGCAGAGGAAGAAGAUCACCAGGAAAGAAUAAAACUGCCAGUGUGAGUCAGAAAGUAAGCUUUCCACUUCCACUAGGUACAGACUCUAAGAGGAAGACUUGUCCCACAGACCUACAGAAAAUGCUGAGAACAACCUGGCUAUGUAUUAUCCUCGUGGCCUUUGUCAGCAGCCCUGCAUGGCUGCAGAAGCCUCCUAAACGUAAGCCACAGCUCAAAGCAGCCAUCUGCUGUGAGGAGAUGAGGGAGCUCAAAGCCCAGGUUGCCAACCUCAGCAGUCUGUUGGGUGACCUGAGCAAGAAGCAGGAGAGCGACUGGGUCAGUGUGGUCAUGCAGGUGAUGGAGCUGGAGAGCAGCAGUAAGCGCAUAGAGUCUCGGCUCACAGCUGCUGAGAGCAAGUACUCUGAGAUGAACAACCAGAUCGACAUCAUGCAGCUACAGGCAGCACAGACCGUCACACAGACCUCGGCAGAUGCCAUCUAUGACUGCUCUUCCCUCUACCAGAAGAACUACCGAAUCUCCGGGGUGUACAAGCUUCCUCCUGAUGAAUUCCUCGGCAGCCCUGAGCUGGAGGUAUUCUGUGACAUGGAAACCUCUGGUGGAGGCUGGACCAUCAUCCAGAGACGUAAGAGUGGCCUUGUUUCCUUCUACCAAGAUUGGAGACAGUAUAAGCAGGGGUUCGGCAGCAUCCGAGGGGACUUCUGGCUGGGGAAUGAGCACAUCCACCGGCUUACCCGGCAGCCAACACGGCUCCGCGUGGAGCUGGAGGACUGGGAGGGCAAUGCACGUUACGCGGAGUACAGCCACUUUGCAUUAGACAAUGAGAUGAACAGCUACCGCCUCUUCCUGGGGAACUACAGUGGCAGCGUGGGGAAGGAUGCCCUCCUUUACCAUAACAACACGGUCUUCAGCACCAAGGACAAGGACAAUGAUAACUGCUUGGACCAGUGUGCACAGCUCCGAAAAGGUGGCUACUGGUACAACUGCUGCACUGAUUCCAAUCUCAAUGGGGUGUACUACCGCCGGGGGGAGCACAAGAAGCAUAUGGAUGGCAUAAGUUGGUAUGGUUGGCAUGGAGCCAACUACUCCCUCAAACGGGUGGAAAUGAAGAUCCGUCCAGAAGCCUUCAAGCCCUAAAGAGAAGACUGCAGAGCUAUGCAAGUGAGGCAUGUGGAGGCUGAGGAGGGCAGAGCAGCAUGGGAGGAGGGUGGAUAAAGGGUAGGAAGGAAAUGGCCUAUCACCUUCAAGGAAAAGCCACUCUCUAAGGUGCAUGAUAGAACUUUAUCUGUGCCCUCAACAUGAGCACAUACACACACAAUAGAACCACAUGCACCAAACAGUACGAACUAGCAAAUGGUGACACAGUCAGACCCAAUGGGGCCUGCUACAGAUGCCUCAGGGGGAGGACUGGGUGGGUCCACAGAGCAGCAGCUCAUCUUCUACAUGACUUAUGUGUGGAAAACAGUAAUCCUGAGGUCACUUUAUCCAUUUUCCCUGAGGCUUACAUGAUACAAGCAAAAAGAACUAAAAAGAACCACUGAGUUUCUCAGAGGAGAGGCCGUGAAAAAUGAAAGCAGAUGGCAGAAGUGGCUUCCUAUUCUUAAAUCCCAAGACAUUUCCUGUGUCUAUAGGACUUGUUGUUUUUCUUUUUGAAACAGGAUCUCUCUACAUAGCCCUGGCUGUUCUGGAACUCACUAUGUAGAGCAGGCUGGCCUCGAACUCACAGAGAUCUAUCUGCUUCUGCUUCCCACGUGCUGGGAUUAAAGGUGUGCACCACCAUGCCUGACUUAUAUGUGAUUUUCAAGACACAAAAAUGUGGGGUUAAAGAUCAGCUGUGCAGGUUGGACUUGCUUCAAGGAGUCUCCAUGGUCAUGACCCUUGCAGUCAGAAUCCUGGGUCAGGGAACAGCACUGCAAGGCACGGAGUGGGUCUGACACAGGAGGGAAGACUGUGGGAGAUGAGCACAGCUUCUGGGUUGGAUCCUAAUACUGUCUUAAAACACUCUCAGUCAACAAACAUACUCAUUUGUUAUUCAUUCUGUGAGAAACAGACUCAAAGAGAUACCCUUAAAAAUAUUGUCUAUUAAGAGAAAUAUCUGGAAAAUGAAGGCAGAUGGCGCUGUGGUUAAAAACUUACGCUGUAUCAUAAGAAGCAUCUUGCUUGUGAAAAUAAAAUAGAGUAGUUUCUGUUUUAAACAUUCAAACUACCUUUUUCUUUUACAAUAAAUCCUAUCAAAAUUUAA